CCUCCCUAGUGUCUAGCUCGGCACCAAACUUUAGGUAUCGCCCUGCCUCGAGACCUGGCGCUUAUAUGUAUCUACAGAUAAGUUUAGGUUGCACUAAGAUACUUAAUUCUCAAUGGUUUUUAGCGAUGUUCCAGUGGAGAUCGAAGCACCUACCGACUGUUGUGCAUCUAAUUGCGGUGCCGGUUUCCCGCAUUGGGCAGGGGGAACGGCGCGGGGGGAAGCAUUCAUCGCCUACCUACUUUAAUGUGGAUCGAGAACCUGAUCACCUGUCAGACGAGCUGCGCCGCAAUCCAUCACCAUCUUAAAUUCCUCGAACUGAAGGCUUUGACUUGCUUCGAGUUUUAAUACGGUGCAACUCAGACCUUGCAGACAAUGGAUUGAGCUGUAAAGCUUUGAAUGUUCCUAGCAGAACACUCACCUACCACUCUCGCUCGGGAGCUUAGCACAUACAGCUCGCCAGCUCGCUCGCUCGCUCGUGGAAGUUUUGACAAUCCAACAGGUCCAUCUUACCAACAGCAAAUAGUUAAUAGCCAGGAGACAUGGCAGAAGUCGAGGAGCCACAGUUUGGCUCGCUUGCUGACCGAAUUGCUGCUUUAAACAAGCAGAAAAACUUCACGGCUCCUCCCCCGGUAACAAAACGAGCGCCGCCUCCGCCACCGCCCAGCAAACAGUCUUUCAAAGUUUCAGCCGAAGAAGUCAGCGAUGACAAUAUUCAGAAUGCCCCCAGUAUACCUGCUCGCCCAAACAGGAGAGAACCCCCAAGUGUUCCUCAAAGAGCAAAUACCGCGACUGCUUCUCCUACGGCAUCUCCUGCCGAGACACCCCCGGCUUUGCCCGGGCGACCACCACUCCCCUCCCGAAAGACGUCCGAAUUAAAGCCCACGCCCACCCCGACGUUACCGCCGCGGAGACCAACACAACCGCUUAUGUCCAGGCGCGGCUCUAACUCGUCUGAUGUGUCCCACAUUUCAUCCAUCUCUAAUCUAUCGUUAUCCCGCGCAAGCACGACUUCAAUCGACUCUCCAGCCGCCCGACGAGUGCUUGCACCCACUUUCGACCAAGCAAAGCUCCCGCCGCUGCCACCUUCUAGACGGGCAAGAGACGCACAAGCCGCCAAGGAAGCGGCUGAGAGAGACCUCGCAGUUGAAUCUAACGAUCCUUCUGUCGCUCCGACACUGCCUGCCCGCGCAACACCCCAGCCUGAGCCUCCAAGUCGUCCUAACCUCCCUCCUCGGCUGCCAUCUCGGCCUGCAUCCAAGACACCACUUCCUGCACAGAGUCGAGAAGUGCAAUCCACGGGGCCUCGUCGUCUCCCUCCUGCCCCUUCAGCAUAUGUAAGGCCUAAAACCCUUUUAGAAGGCUCAUCGAGACCGCCAGUCCCAGCAAACCGACCCGGGCGAGUUUCGCCGCCCCCCGUCCCGCUCAAUUCCCGGCCCACUCACGCCGAAAUUGGUGCUGCUACAGUUCGAGCGACGACCAAUGGGGCGGCCGUGUGUAUGAUGUGCAGAGAUUUCUCUGGUCCAGAUAAUGUAGCAGCACAGUAUCCGAAUCAUUCCUUGCCGAGACAGGACCCUGUUGGCUAUCUCGCCAAUGUCCUUUGCAGUCCUUUCCCAUCUCCAACUGACAAGGCUCGUGCAAUUUUCACAUGGUGCCAUCAUAACAUUGCCUAUAACGUCGAGGAGUUCUUUGGAAAGUGCGUCAAAGGACGUGAUGUAAACGAAACAAUAUUCCUGGGUAAAGCUGUAUGUCAAGGGUAUGCGGAAGUCUAUCAAGCAAUCGCACAAAGGGCUGGAUUGCAGUGCAUCGUGGUCGGCGGACAUGGCAAAGGAUACGGCUAUACACCACUGAAACAGGGCCAAGCGCCACCACCUAGGAACCCUACAGGUCAUGCAUGGAACGCUGUGUGCAUCGACAACGGCGAAUGGAAACUUAUAGAUGCGUGCUGGGGUGCUGGAUCUGUUGGCGACGAGAAGUUUCACAAGGGCUUCAAUCCUAAAAUGUUCACCCUAAGUAACGAGCAAUUUGGACUUUCCCAUUUUCCCAGAAACGACCAACACUUUUACCGGGAAGAUGGUAGGGUUUUAUCAUGGGAAGAGUACAUGCUGGGUCCAGUCCCAGGAGCUGAAAAACCAGACUGGUGCGGUGGUGCCAGUGAUGAAGGGAUCUCUAAUGAGGUUGGUUAUAGUCCUGCUGCUAAGCACAUUCCCGUCCAAAGCGGUGAAGUAGUGCGGUUUCAAUUCGCAAAGGUCUGCGAGCACUGGACACAUGAACGAAAUGGAAAAGGCCCGCCUUAUCUACUACUCCUCAAAAUCCACGGCGUUGAUGGACGAAAGGAGGACCUCGUGCCUCUUGAUACGAAUGGGUACUGGUGGUGGGUCGAUGUGCCUGCUAGAGACCUGGGUGCUCCGGGGAUGAAAACCCAACUCUUCGCACUCACGGUAUUAAACGGGCGCGAUGCGCGAGGUGUCACCAAAGAGGAUUAUUAUAGAGCGAAGAAAAGUGGCGGGUAUUCCAUGAGUUGGGCUAUCUGGGUUACGUGGGAACUUGUAUGAUGAGCAAGCCUUUCGACUGAGUCUGGAAGAAAUAAGGGAUCAACAACGAAGAGCAUGCCGGCGCAAGGGAGUUGAAGCACGUGUUUCAGUCAUUGUUUGUUCUUUGGGGGGAGGGAAGCUUAAAGCCGUACAAUAUCAAUUGGGCUGGACAAUAGUGUUUUUUUUCAGACAAUAUAUCCAUCCCUACCUACUCAUGAACCUACAUUUAGAGGAUCCGAUCAUUUUUCUUAAUUUGUUAGCCAACCAGCUUACCUCUAUCAAUGAAUUUAUAUAUACAUGAUAUCUCAGUACUGGAUAAUACCACUCAUGAUUUUAGAGCUCCU